UCCCACUUCCCUUCCCCGCUGGAAAACGCCACAUCUGACAGGGAGGUAGAAACAGACACAACCACAGGGGAGUGUGACCACCGACCUCAAGAUGCUGGCACUAAUAAACCGGCUUUUGGACUGGUUCAGGUCUCUGUUUUGGAAGGAUGAGAUGGAGCUGACGCUGGUCGGCCUCCAGUACUCGGGAAAAACAACAUUUGUAAACGUGAUCGCUUCUGGGCAUUUCAGUGAAGACAUGAUCCCAACAGUCGGGUUCAAUAUGAGGAAGGUCACUAAAGGAAAUGUCACCAUCAAGAUCUGGGAUAUAGGAGGGCAGCCAAGGUUCAGGAGCAUGUGGGAGCGGUACUGUCGGGGAGUUAAUGCAAUCGUGUACAUGGUUGAUGCAGCAGAUCGAGAAAAGGUGGAGGCGUCUAGAAAUGAGCUUCAUAAUUUAUUAGACAAACCACAGUUGCAAGGAAUUCCUGUUUUGGUACUUGGUAACAAAAGGGAUCUCCCCAGUGCUUUAGAUGAAAAGCAGCUCAUUGAGAAAAUGAAUCUGGCAGCUAUUCAGGACAGAGAGAUAUGCUGCUAUUCCAUUUCUUGCAAAGAGAAAGACAACAUUGAUAUCACACUUCAGUGGCUCAUCCAGCACUCAAAAUCCCGGAGGAGCUGAAAACACAGGAGUAGUUUCCCAGCUGUGUUUGCCAUGUUACCGUCAUGCCACACCCUCAUCACUCUGCAAUGAUGUACAGUCAUAUCGUUAACUCACAUGCUGCACUGUUUUGCUCAUGUCACACUUUCCCCCCUCACCCCCCUCUUUUUUUUUCACCAUGUGAUUGUUUCACAAACCCUGAGAAUGCACUACCAAAAAGCAUAAUUCUGAUACCAAAUUUAAGGAAUGUAAUUGGCAUUAAUCUUCUUGUAAAGCUGUACUUAAACUUGAAGUUAGAACCUAAUUUGGGAUCUACCUUUUUACCCUCAAGGCAUUACCCUGUUGAACAUACCCAGUGAUUUAUAACACUAAUCUCGGGUAUACAAUGAUAUCCUGUGGAAGGAAGGUUUAUUCUGUCAAACAGGCCUCACAUUACAACAGUUGGAUAUGAUGCCCGGAGACGGCUAACGUGUGGACAUACAGGUUUUCCCAUUUCUGUCAAGCUCUGUGAUCAUUUAUGAGGACUGACACCAUUCGCCUGAUCGGGUUUUCCUCAUUCAAGGACAUGUCUAUUGUUUUAGAAAAUUGUGCAUUUAAGCAAGUCAGUUUAAGCAGGUCUGUACAAAUAUCAAGCUAGUAUGAUUUUUACUGAUGUGAGAUAUGCGUGUAUGAAUAUAUGAUUCUAUUUAAAGUCUGAAUGUACUAAAAGUAAAGCUGUACGGGGUUAUGUGGUGCAUAUUGGCCUCCGUUUGUAAGUAGCCUCAGUGGAAUGAUGUCCUUUGUGCUGCCUCGAAGCUGAGAGAGUGGCAGAAUUUAAAAAGUGCCUUGUGCAAUGUCUCAUCUCUGAAGCAAAGCAGCAUGCAAGGUGUGCCUACCCGGGUAGAGGAAAAAAAUACCACUUCAAUAUAUUCAAGAAAUAAAAAGGCAUGCUUUUUAAUUUA